GUGUCCUCAUUGGCGUCGACAAGAACACGGCUCCGCCGUGAUGUCUAGCGAGACGGAAAGGACAAGAAGCGGAAAUCGCGAUGCCCAACACCAAGAGCUCGCAGAAGCAAAAACUACGUGAGCGAGCUGAACAAACAGAACAGCGCGCGGAUGAGCAAACCGCUGCGCUAGCGCGGAAGGAGGAGGAGCUUACGAGGCUCCGGCAACAGCUUGCCGCCGCUGCCACCUCGACGUCACAGCAGUCGGGCUCGUCUUCUACACCACCGGGCAGGGGCACCCCUCCGCAACGGGCGUCUGCCCCAAGGCCUCGGGGAACUAGCUCUCAGCAAGAGCCCAUUCCCGAGGACGACGAGCACGAUGGCGAAGCGAAGGGUGAAACACCCGACGGCGAUGGCGACGAUGGCAACAGCGGCGAGGAAGCUGAUGGCCAACCGCUGGACGAUG